AAUCUACCAACACAACAGAGUUGUGCGGAAGGAAACGUGCUUAUAAUUGUAUUUCACAGAAACAACGUCUUCUCAAACUCAAGAUAUUGCGAAACGUGAAUAGUAAGAAAUGGGGAAGGCUGAUUUCCUUAGUCCCAAAGCUAUCGCCAACAGGAUAAAAUCCAAAGGUCUUCAAAAGUUGCGAUGGUAUUGCCAAAUGUGUCAGAAACAGUGUCGAGACGAGAAUGGCUUCAAGUGUCACUGUAUGUCAGAGUCUCACCAGAGGCAGCUGCUGCUGGCUUCAGAGGACCCCAACCAGUUCAUGGACCUUUUCUCAGAUGAAUUCAGGACUGAUUUUCUGGAGCUUCUUCGUCGGCGGUUUGGCACUAAACGAGUGCACAACAACAUCAUCUACAACGAGUACAUCAGCAACAAAGAGCACGUCCACAUGAACUCCACACAGUGGGAAACACUCACAGACUUCACCAAGUGGCUGGGCAGAGAAGGCUACUGUAAAGUGGACGAGACGCCAAAGGGCUGGUACAUUCAGUACGUGGACCGCGACCCGGAGACCAUCCGCAAGCAGGAGGAGGCGGAGAAGAAGAGGAAGGCCGACCUGGACGACGAGGAGCGCAGCGCCAAGUUCAUCGAGGAGCAGGUCCGCCGGGGCCGAGAGGGCAAGGAGCCGGAGGAGGAACCAGUCUACACAGAAUUGGUUAGAGAGAGUGAGGAAGAAAAAGUGGCCUUCAACCUCAGCAAGGGAGCCUGUUCAGCAUCAGCUGGUCCAUCGAAAGGUCCAUCGCUGGCCGCCAAUGCCCUGAGAGCCUCCUCCUCCGCCUCCUCCUCCUCCUCGGCCAAGAGGAAAGACGCUCCUCACUCCUCCUCCGACUCCAGGGACAAGAAGAAGAAAUCAGCGCUGGACGAGAUCAUAGAGAUGGAGGAGCAGAAGAAAAAGAAGAUGGCGCCGGUGAAACUGGACUACUGGCUCCACACGGGCAUCGUGGUCAAGAUUGUCACCAAGAGACUGGGAGAGAAGUACUACAAGAAGAAAGGGGUCAUCAAGGAGGUGCAAGACAAAUACACAGCCUUUGUGAAGAUGGUCGAUACAGGGGACAAACUCAAACUGGACCAGACCCAUCUGGAAACUGUCAUCCCAGCGCCAGGGAAGAGGGUUCUAAUCGUGAACGGUCAUCACCGAGGCAUGGAGGCAGUUCUAGAGGGGAUCGAUGAGAAGAACUUUUCGGCAUCACUUACACUAGAAUCAGGCCAUAACAAGGGGAAGAGAGUGGAGGGCAUUCCAUAUGAAGAUUUCUCCAAGAUGGCGUAGCUGCUCCUAUCCCAUGAGCCCUUGGUAGUGCGAAGCGGUCCUCUACUGUGUCAGAACUACCCUCGCACAGGGCUAUUUCCUAUCAAGCAGCUGAUGCCCUCAACAACUCAGCAUCCUGGUCUGUCUGGGGGGAAAAUCCACAAUAGCUGGCACUAGAUUGGCCCAGGCUUGACCUGCAUCCAUCAGAGCUGUUGCUGAUUGGCUGGGACCGGUUUAGCUCCAUCACAAAUGAUCAUCACUUGGGUUAGGUUUGCGUCAAUUAAAGCCGAACCUGCUUGGUGAAGACCUUCACUUGAUUUUGUACACGUGUCUCUACCCCUUCUCUCAUCCAGGCUUGACCAGGACUAAGCCCUAGCAAACGUUUGUGUGUCUACCUUUCUGUUCUUACUAUGUGAUCUGUUUAGAGCUGGAGGCUAUGCAAGAGAUCUUUAAGGGGGAGUCGCUUACGGACCUAUUGCUUUGAUAAUUCAAUGUUUCCAUUAUGUACAGAUGUAUUUUGGCUUUAUUCCCCUGAUAAAUAUAUAAUACCAAGAGAUAAGACUCUGCCAUUAGGUGACCUACCACUUCUGUUACCCUAACUGAGCGAACACAGUGAAGUUAAUGUAACUCUGAUGUUAGGGCACUUGCCUCUCAGAAUACCUCUGGGGGUAUUUCAAGAACAUGGUUAAGUGAUGAACUUGAAUGUGUUAAACCUACAGGAAGAGGUAGACCUGCUAAUAGAUAUACCUGCAGGCAUCAUUUAGUUAAGGAAAUGAGGACUCCAGGCUCUUCUAUUACAUGAUUUACCACUACCUCAAGGUAUAACUUAACCUGGUUUACUAUGGAGCCAGAUUCUUGGAAUACCCCCCUGGCCUUAUUGCAUACCCACGGUUUACCUUUCCACAGUUGGUGUCUAUGUCUUGUAUAUAUGAUCUCUCUUGUUCUAAUGUUGUGUGACUGAAAGACUUGAACACACUUGAACAAAACAAGUUUUACGUUAUGUUUUUCCUCCUUCUGUUUAUUUUGUAUACUGUAAAUUUGAAAAGGAAAAAAAUGACUCCACAAAUAAAAUGACAUGUCAUGUUGAACAGCUAAACAAAGAAAUGCCCUUUUGUGUUACUUUUACCUUUUUUUCU